AUGGAGGAGGCCAACGGGGCCCUGCCCGAGGGCGCGGCGGGGGGCUCCCGCGGCAGCGCGGCCGCCCCGUCGGGCAAGAAGGAGGUGAAGGUCGUCAUCGUGGGGGACGGCGGCUGCGGGAAGACGUCGCUGCUGAUGGUGUACGCCAAGGGCGCCUUCCCCGAGCAAUACGCGCCGUCCGUCUUCGAGAAGUAUACAACCAGCGUGACGGUGGGCAAAAAGGAGGUCACCCUCAAUUUGUACGAUACCGCAGGGCAGGAGGACUACGACCGGCUACGACCACUUUCUUACCAGAACACAAACGUCGUGUUAAUUUGUUACGAUGUCAUGAACCCCACUAGCUAUGAUAACGUGGCAGCUAAGUGGUAUCCUGAAGUGAAUCACUUCUGCCGAGGCGUCCCGCUCGUACUGAUCGGCUGCAAGACAGACCUUCGGAAAGACAAAGAACAGUUGCGCAAGCUCAGGGCUUCUAAGCAGGAACCCAUUACUUACAACCAGGGUGAAGCAGCUUGUCAGCAGAUUAAUGCAGAAGUUUAUCUGGAGUGCUCAGCAAAAUGUCGUGAAAACAUAGAAAAUGUUUUUAAAGAAGCAACAACCAUUGCACUAAAUGCCAUGAAAAAAGCCAAGCGCCAAAAGAAGCGGACAGUGUGCUCAGUGUUAUGA